AUGGCGGAGGCAUUGGCACAAGCGGUAGUCCGCCAAGGGCCGGCAUCCUUCAAGCUGGGAACGAAGGCAGUGUAUCUGCCGAACCAUGUCGUCACUUUUGUCCGCAAGGACAAAUCCCCAGCCAACAUGGCCACCUUCAACGUGCCCCUGACCUUCACAAAGUUCGACAUCCGCGACUACCUCUGGAACCUCUACAACGUCGAGACGACGGCGGUGCGCUCCCAAGUCAAGCAGUCGGCCAUCGAGCGGCGGUCGACGGGCUCCGGCUAUUUCCGCCCGCAGAGCACCAAGGUAAUGACGGUGCAGCUGACGAAACCCUUCGUGUGGCCCUCCCCGCCCGCGGACCUCGAGCCCUGGAACAAGAAGCUGUGGGAGGCGCGCGAGAGCGUCUCGCGCGAGCAGUACCGCGGCGACAUCCGCAAGCAGCUCGGCAGGCUGGCGAGACCGAGCAAGGACAAGGAGAGCCCCGAGAGGAAGUUUUUGCGCAAGCAGGCUGGUAGAAUCUUGCGCGGUGCGGCGCCGGGCAAGUGGGAUCAGGGGAACAAGGAGGUUGAGCUGGACAGCAAGUGGGAUCCGCCCAAGAAGAGGAAGGCGAAGAGCUGGCGGUUGAUCAAGAGACAAUCGAAGAGAUCGGUGAGGAAAUGA